GCAGGGGGCAGUACUGCUCUUUACUCCCCAGCUCACAGUAAACAGUAGAAGAAGAUGUUUAGAGCCUGUCUCUUUAAGUCCAUGUGCUGAGACGGUAUUAAGAAGAAUAUCUACUGAAAUCAUGGCGAAAAAUAAACAGAAGGGGAAAAAACAUCAGAAUGUCUUUCAAGUGGCUAACAAACAGUCCAAGCCCAAGUCCAAAACAAAGCCGGUGAAGUCUUCAUUAAAACAUAUAAACACACUGAAACAAGAGAAAGUGGAGAACUUGAAUCAGAUUUUCUCGGAGGUGCAGAGGGACAUGAAAAGUGUUUCAAAAUCUACAGCCAAAGAAUCGACAGGGAAAACACAGAUUUCAAGGGAGAAAGUACAGGAAUCAGUGAAUGUGGAUGGAGCUGCACAACUUUUCUCUCAAUUGUAGAGAACAAAGUCAUAUGUGAUCUACCAUAUGAACAAGAUCUGAGUGCCUUAUGGACAUUACAUGAAGCCAAGUAAUCGAAAUUGAGCUCUGUGUCUAAUGAAUACGCCAUGUAUAGGGAAAUGAUCUCAAGAUUCAGAUCAUAUAAUAAAUGUGUUAAUCUGCAUAUUGAUAAACAACUGACAACUGAAUGUCAGUGUAUCCCAAAUAGCAGGUUCUCAAAAGGAGCAUGCUUCUGAAUUAGCAUUUUGUGUUGUGUUUUUUUAAAUUACAAAUAGAUUAACUGGUCUCUAUAACAAAUGUGGGUUUCAGGUUUUUGUCUGUAUUUUUGUCAUUGUCCCAAGAACAAUUUGAUGAUGAAGGUCUGCUUAGUAAAUGGAGUAAUGGGUAAGAAUGAACAUUUGUACAGAUUUUCAAUUGAUGUUUAAUAUUUAACACUCAAACCAUCAAACUGGAAAUUCAUGAUAGUUACAAUAAAAUGUACAGAUGGAGAUAACUGGAAUUGGUGUAGCUUCAGUGUAAAUUUACAGCACUUGUGAUGGUCAAAAUUUUGUUAAAGAAUGCUUUAUUAAGGCAUUGAUACAGUGUUUUAUAGUCUGCAGAACUCUAGUUACAGAGAUAAGUGUUUUUCUGUGAACACAGUGUCUCACCCCCUCAGGCAAGUGGCAAGACCUUCGAUAAGGUCUCACAGUGGCAAUAAAAUAUUAUUUCCUACACUCACCAUGGGACAUCAGUGUAGUGGCUGAGUGUCCAGUCCAUUUGUAAGCAGCGGUGAUGACCACACACAAACAGUCUCUAUUUAGACAAGGGUAAUAAUAAAAUAAUUGCCCUGAUGAACUCAUGUGCCCCAUGGAGUGAGUGAGGGAACUGCUCCAAGACAUACUCUUUUUGUGAGAGAGGCUUUAAGUAAACUCUUCUAAACUGUUACACACUAUGGAUAGCCACUUUGUCCAAGAAAGAAUGAACGUCUUGGGUCAAAACAGCCUGAAAUUUUGUGUGGCCUGAAAUUGGUUGAAGUUUUUGAAGCCCUGAGAAGACUGGGGUGGAUGUUGAGUCUGUCAUAUGAGUAUCAUGAUCCUGUUAAAUACUAUUAAAUCAUAAAAUCCUGUAAUAAAUCUGUUUCCUAUCAGUUAUCAGGGGUUUAGAUCUCGGCAUGUUUGCUGAAAGUAAAAAUGAAAUGUCUUGCAAAAGCAUGUAUUUUAUUCACUAGUAUUUUUAAUUAUAUUCUUGUGUCUUAUGAACUAGAGAAGUUUGAACCCUACUGAUGAUCAUUCGUGGUUAUUAGUUUGUGUAUAAACCUCGUGGCGCCCUCUGCCGCUGAAGAACGACCUGAAUAAUAUAGACGUCAUCGUUAACCAGGUCCUUAAAGGAAUGUAAUAUAAUAAGAAACAACAGUGUUGCAUUAAUUCCGAACACCAUAUAUGUGAAUAAAAAUCAUUAAGAGAA